CGUUGCAACUUGCAAGCAAACCGUUGUCCAAAUCCUACGGGUAGAGGACCCAUCUUGCAUGCCAUGACCACAAUAACAACCAGGGAUCAAGCGCCCUUCUCUGUUCCCACGCGACGCCCAAACGGUGCGUCCUGGUGUGGGACUCUCUGUUGUCGCCACACCUACCUCACAGAUUGCCUAUCGCAGAUUGUAUGCUAGGCAGCGAAUGACGGCGACUCGGAAAGGCCCUGGUCACUUUAGAUCGUUGCCGGACAAUAAAUCACCAAUAUAUUUUCGCUUUUCGCUGCCUGCCUUGCUUCCAGCUUGGGCCGGCAGUACGAGCAGUGCCGCUAAUUAUCCCACUACUGUAUCUACGUAUGCACUACGACAGACACAGCUCUCAGGCCAUACGUUCCUGUCUUGCCAUCUCGUUGCCCAUGAUACCGCGUUGCCAAUCGCGUCGCUCUUUCUCAAUAGUGACGCCGUUUGUUAUCGCGAACUACAGCAACUGUCCAAGUCUGUUGAACCUGCUAUCCAACUUGGCUACCUAUGUCAUUGUUCAUCCAUGCCAGGUUCCACCAACUUCCCAUCUGCAAUUCGAGACCCCUCUAGCAGCGAACCCACGCCCAAACUCAACACGCCUGUCUCCGCGCGUCAACCGACCAAUCUUGUUUCAGAAUGCAGGAGGCAGAGACCCUUCUUCCCCACAGCGACGAUCGCCUCGCCCCAGGUUCCGUGCAAUUAAACCAUGGCGACUUUCCGACAAGUUUCUUCGGCCUCGAAUGUCUGGUGCCUGAGUCGCAGAGGCAAAUUCUCACCCAGGUUGUUUCGGUCUGAUCCAUCUUCCAUUCGCCCGGUCUUUGCUUUUCUGCUUCUCGAAGACACUACCUGGGUCUCGCGGUUUCAAUCGUGGUUCUCGGCCGAGGACAUCCGCGGCGUCUGCGUCUCUCUGACUUGCAUCUGCAGGCUGCAUGCUUAGCAUGUUGCCAGCACCUUUUUGAGCUACAUAGAGUCCCUUCAGCCCAAGCUCGAGCCAA